CGCUCCGCCCUCCGGCUCGGCCCGUCGGCGGCGCUUCCGCCUGUCUGGCCGGGCCCGGUACGAGUGGCCCACGAUGUGGCUGGGCCCGGAGGAGGUGCUGGUGGCCAACGCGCUGUGGGUGACAGAACGGGCUAACCCCUUCUUCGUGCUGCAGCGGCGCCGGGGCCACCGUAGGGGCGGCGGCCUCACGGGUCUCCUCGUGGGCACCCUAGACGUGGUCCUGGACUCCAGUGCCCGCGUGGCCCCUUACCGAAUCCUGCACCAGACCCAGGACUCCCAGGUCUACUGGACGGUGGCAUGUGGUUCCGACCACAAAGAGAUAACAGAACACUGGGAAUGGCUGGAAAAUAACUUGCUCCAGACGCUGUCCAUCUUUGACAAUGAGGAAGAUAUCACUACCUUCGUCAAGGGCAAGAUACACGGUAUCAUCGCUGAAGAAAACAAGAACCUGCAGCCCCAGGGAGACGAGGACCCCGGGAAGUUCAAGGAGGCCGAGCUGAAGAUGCGGAAGCAGUUCGGGAUGCCCGAGGGGGAGAAGCUGGUCAACUACUACUCUUGUAGCUACUGGAAGGGUCGCGUGCCCAGGCAGGGCUGGCUCUACCUGACCGUCAAUCACCUGUGCUUCUACUCCUUCCUGCUGGGCAAGGAAGUGAGCCUAGUGGUGCAGUGGGUGGAUGUCACACGGCUGGAGAAGAACGCCACCCUGCUCUUCCCCGAGAGCAUCCGCGUGGACACUCGAGACCAGGAGCUCUUCUUCUCCAUGUUCCUCAACAUUGGCGAGACCUUCAAGCUCAUGGAGCAGCUGGCUAACCUGGCCAUGCGGCAGCUGCUGGACAACGAGGGCUUCCUGGAGGACAGGGCGCUGCCCAGGCCCUCCCGGCCCCAUAGGAACAUCUCGGCGCUGAAGCGGGACCUGGACGCCCGAGCCAAGAACGAGUACUACCGGGCCACGUUCCGGCUGCCUGGGGACGAGCGCCUGGACGGCCACACGGGCUGCACCCUGUGGACUCCCUUCAACAAGCUGCACAUCCCCGGCCAGAUGUUCAUCUCCAGCAACUACAUCUGCUUCGCCAGCAAGGAGGAGGACGCCUGCCACCUCAUCAUACCCCUGCGGGAGGUGACCAUUGUCGAAAAAGCCGACAGCUCCAGUGUCCUGCCCAGCCCUCUGUCCAUUAGCACCAAGAGCAAAAUGACCUUCCUGUUCGCCAACCUGAAAGACCGCGACUUCUUGGUUGAAAGGAUCUCUGACUUCCUACAGAAAACGUCAUCUAAGCAGCCAGGCAGCGGCAGCUCGGGGAGGAAAGCCAGCGUCGGGGACCCGGCCCCAGAGCCUGCGCCAGCUCCCUGGGAGCCGCCGGAGCAGCCUGCCAGCCCCACCUCGCCCUGCGGGGGCCGCCAGGGCUCCCUCGCACAGCAGGCGCCCACCGCUUCCCAGGGCCUGCUCAAGCUCUUCCAGAGAGACGCCCUGGUGGAGGACCUGGGGGCCAAGGGGGCCAAGGAGAAGAUGAAAGAGGAGUCGUGGAACAUCCACUUCUUUGAGUAUGGGCGCGGCGUGUGCAUGUACCGCACGGCCAGGAUGCGGGAGCUGGUGCUGAAGGGCAUCCCCGAGAGCCUCCGCGGGGAGCUCUGGCUCCUCUUCUCCGGGGCCUGGAACGAGAUGGUGACUCACCCCGGCUACUACGCCCGCCUGGUGGAGCAGUCCACGGGCAAGUCCAGCCUGGCCACUGAGGAGAUCGAGCGCGACCUGCACCGCUCCAUGCCCGAGCACCCUGCCUUCCAGAACGAGCUCGGCAUCGCCGCGCUCCGGCGGGUGCUGACCGCCUACGCCUUCCGGAACCCCACCAUCGGCUACUGCCAGGCCAUGAACAUUGUCACCUCGGUGCUUCUGCUCUAUGGCAGCGAGGAGGAGGCCUUCUGGCUGCUGGUGGCCCUCUGUGAGCGGAUGCUGCCCGACUACUACAACACCAGGGUGGUGGGGGCCCUGGUGGACCAAGGCAUCUUCGAAGAGCUCACGAGGGACUUCCUGCCCCAGCUGUCCGAGAAGAUGCAGGAGCUCGGGGUCAUCGCCAGCAUCUCGCUGUCCUGGCUCCUCACCCUCUUCCUCAGCGUCAUGCCCUUCGAAAGCGCCGUGGUCAUUGUUGACUGCUUCUUCUACGAGGGCGUCAAGGUGGUCCUGCAGGUGGCCCUGGCCGUCCUGGAUGCCAACAUGGAGCAGCUACUGGGCUGCAGCGACGAGGGCGAGGCCAUGACCGUCCUGGGCAGGUACCUGGAUAACGUGGUCAAUAAACAGAGUGUCUCUCCGCCUAUCCCACACCUCCACGCUCUGCUGACGAGUGGAGAUGACCCUCCUGAAGAGGUGGACAUCUUCGAGCUGCUCAAAGUGUCCUACGAGAAGUUCGGCAGCCUCAGGGCCGAAGACAUCGAGCAGAUGCGGUUCAAACAGAGGCUGAAGGUGAUCCAGUCCUUGGAGGACACAGCCAAGAGGAGCGUGGUCCGGGCUAUUCCUGGGGACAUCGGUUUCUCAGUUGAAGAGCUGGAGGACCUCUACGUGGUGUUUAAGGCCAAGCACAUGGCCAGUCAGUACUGGGGGAGCAGCCGUCCCGCCGCCGUGCGCCGGGACCCCAGCCUGCCCUACCUGGAGCAGUACCGCAUCGACGCCAGCCAGUUCCAGGAACUCUUUGCCAGCUUGACGCCCUGGUCCUGCGGCGCCCACACUCCCGUGCUGGCAGGGCGCCUGUUCCGGCUCCUGGACCAAAACAAGGACUCGCUGAUCAACUUCAAGGAAUUCGUGACAGGGAUAAGCGGGAUGUACCACGGAGACCUGACAGACAAGCUCAAGAUGCUCUACAAGCUGCAUCUGCCCCCAGCCCUGAGCCCGGAGGAGCCCGAGUCGGCCCUGGAAGCGGCCCGCUACUUCACCGAGGACAGCUCCGCAGAAGCGUCUCCUCUGGCCUCAGACCUGGACCUGUGCCUGCCCUGGGAGGCUCAAGAAGCACUACCGCAGGAAGGGCGAGAGGGAGGUGGAAAUGAGGACGUCCAAGAAAAAAGAGCAGAGAAGGGAACCAGCCCUUCUGACUGUCGGCACUACCUUCAGAUGUGGGCCAAGGAGAAAGAGGUUCAGAAGGAGAGCAUCAAGGACCUUCCCAAGAUGAACCAGGAACAGUUCAUAGAGCUGUGCAAGACGCUGUACAACAUGUUCAGUGAAGACCCCAUGGAGCAGGACUUGUACCACGCCAUCGCCACGGUGGCCAGCCUGCUGCUGCGCAUCGGGGAGGUGGGGAAGAGGUUCUCGGCGCAGCCCGGCAGGAAGCCCAGGGACGGCGUCCCCGGCGAGGACCCGCCGCCCGCCCCCGUCUCCACCCAGGACCCUGCUCACGAGCUGCAGCCCCCCGCUGCGGGCGACGCCCCGGCCAGAGCCGGCGGGGAGUCCCAGCUGGGGAAAGCCCCACAGGAGGGCCAGGGGGCAGGCGGCGGGGACGGCGGCGAGGGCCACGGCUCCCCCUCCCAGCGCCUGUCUGACGACGAAACCAAAGACGACCUGUCCAUGUCCUCCUACUCGGUGGUCAGCACGGGCUCCCUGCAGUGCGAGGACCUGGCAGACGACACCGUGCUGGUGGGCGGGGAGGCCGGCCGCCCCGCCGCCCCCGCCCGCAGCGGGGGCUCUGUGGAUGCCGACUGGAGCGUCUCCUUCGAGCAGACCCUGGCCUCCAUCCUCACCGAGCCUGUGCUGGCGGACUUCUUCGAGAAGAAGGUGGACAUUGGACUCAAGAUCAGGGACCAAAAGAAAGUGGAGAGACAGUUCAGCACCUCCAGCGACCAUGGACAUGCUGGGGUUUCGGGUUGAAGACCCCACCAGGCGCGGGCUGACCUCGCUCCCCCCUCCCCCCCUCCCUCCCAGUCAGUGUUCUCCCAAAGGACACGCCCUGCCCUUCUCCCCAGAAGCAGUGACUCCUAGAGGGAAAGAGGCUGAGCAGCCACAGGGGCCCAAGCGGAGGCUCCGCACCCCGCCCGCCUGCCUGCGCGCCGGGCCUGCAGAGCGCCAGGGCCCUCCUCGCCGCCCGGCCGGCCCCAGGCUGGGCGCCGGUGCCACAGGCGGGCCACGCGGGCCUCCACCCUCGGGCGCUGCCCUGCCGCUGCCUGAGGCUGGGGGUGGGGGCGCAGGGGUCACCCGCCUGUUGGGCACCGUGGCAGCUCUCCGGGAGCCCCUGAGCCAGAGCUCUGGCCGAGGGACGCUGGGCGCCACAUGGGUGUAUUCUGAAUGCUCCUCCCAGCCCGGCGCCCCGACCGUCACCCUUACGAGCACAUCCCUCAGGUCCUGGUCUAUCUCCUUGUGUUCAUUUCAGUCGGCGAAAAAUCACUGUGCUCAAUGCCUUAAUAAAGCCCUGAAGAUCUCAAAAGCACGCUGUGUACCAAGCCUGAGCAUGACCCUCAGCCACUGCUUGGGGCUCAGGCCGCCUUCCCGAGGUUCAAGAUACAGCCCCCCGCGGGGCGGGGGUUCAGGCCCCCAGGGCGGAUGGGGACACAGAGGUGCUGAUGCAGGCGGAACAGGGCCAGUGCUGACCUGUGACAGAGCCCCGAGCUCCAUGCACCCCCCGGUGUGAGCAGCCUGGGUCUGGGAGCAGGAGAUGUGUCCUGCUGGGUCCAGAAGUGGACCGCGGGGCCACAGGCGGCAGGCCGAGUGCGAGGACCCUCUUGCUUUGCACCAGGAGCUGGUCAUCGGUGCCCGGUGUCUGGCACGCACAGGGCCGCUCAUGCUUCUACUAAAAGAUGUAUCUCUGCGGCUAUUGCUUUUUAAAAAUUUAAUAGCUUUAUUGAGGCAUAACUUACCAUAAAAUUUGCCUGUUUUAAUUUACAAUUCAAUGAUUUUUAGCAAAUUCACAGAAUUGUGUAACCAUCACCAGAAAGCAAUUUUAGAGGAUUUUCACACCCCAGAAAGGCCCCCCCUGUCCCUGUGCAGCCCACCCGUCUGUACCCUCUGCUCUAGGAAACCACUCAUCGACUUGCCGUCACUCUAGAUUUUAUGGCUGGUUUUAAAAAUAACAAUCUCUAUGAUUUCACCUUGUUCACAAGUUCUGGGUCACAGUCAAUAAAGACAGCAAAACAACCGUUUUCUU